AUGUCCCCACUCAUUAUAUCAGAGGACAAUCCGUUCCAAGUGCUAAUAUCGGAAUCAAAUGAUGAUCCGACUGUGUUGCAAUCGCGUUAUCAGGGUCAUCGAGUGACACGAAAUGAGCAACAAAGCGCGAAGAUCCUAGCAGAAAGCUUUCCUGGUUGGUCCCUGGAUAAUAUCCUUAGCCGACUUGAUGGUCCUGGAAAGGAAGAGGGAUAUGUUGAUCCCCGGAACUGCCUGGUCAUCUGGGCCAGGCCUCCCCCUCACAUCCGUGACCUGAUUUGCUUCGUCCAACGGGAGUUGCAGGAAAUAUCUCCUUCAAUCUGGCUUAUGCCCCGUGAAAAUUUGCACACCACAGUUUUGGAGGUGGCGCAUUCCCUGACUGAGAAAGAGAUUGAGAAUCUCGUCCAAAUCCUCCGGUCUUCCAAGGAUGUGACUGGAAAUAAUAUUGCCGAGUAUCCCGUUGCUCACAAGUCGCGUCUCCUGAAGCCAAUGAUCAGCUUUGAUUCCUCUGCAAUGGCGCUCAGCUUUGUUACGGCUGCAGGAGAAAAUGCACAAGGGUACUCCGAUGAUUACAGCUAUCACCACCUUCGCCGCGAUAUAUUCCAGAUGGUUCGACAGGCCCAAAUUCCAGUGGCCUCACGCUAUAUCGUUCCAUCCGCACACGUCACUAUUGCACGGUUUAUAAACGACGGAGACUUUCUAUCCCAAGGUGCUGCAGGUGCCGAGCUUGACCGCGUGCGGGUGAAAUUGCUGGUAGAUAAAAUCGAUGUCCUUAACAAGAAACUGGAAAGUGAGUUUUGGCCUCAAGCCAAUGGCACCUUUCCUCAAGAGGGUGAAUGGAUUGUUGGACAAGAGAACUUGGUGAUUCGGAGGGGACGGGUUUGGUAUGGAGGUGGUGAAGAUGUGUCACUGGACCAGAGAAUGAGCACUAAAUAA